CUCACCUACCACUGCCAAAAGUGGUCAUGGGGUUAUUUUUAAACUUGGGGAGGAAGUAUUUAUUGUUCCCGGGCUGAAGAGAGCUGGGCAGACCGUGGGAUUCUUCUGGGGGAGUAGUGCUGUGUCCUUUCCACCAUGUCACCUAAGAAAGCCAAGAAGAGAGCAGAGGGAGCCAAUUCCAAUGUGUUCUCCAUGUUUGAACAGACCCAGAUCCAGGAAUUUAAGGAGGCCUUCACCAUCAUGGAUCAAAACAGGGAUGGCUUCAUUGACAAGAAUGACCUGAGGGACACCUUUGCUGCUCUUGGUACGUCGCCCCGCACCACCACCCAACACCAACUAGGAAGGUCUUCUUAUCCCACUCCCGUGAGGGGCAGGAGAAUCGCUGAGUGUCUGUCUCCUGCUCUAGGGCGUGUGAACGUGAAAAAUGAGGAAAUUGAUGAAAUGCUCAAGGAGGCUCCAGGUCCCAUUAACUUUACUGUGUUCCUACAGAUGUUUGGGGAGAAACUUAAGGGAGCAGACCCUGAGGAGACCAUUCUCAACGCAUUCAAAGUGUUUGACCCUGAAGGCAAAGGAGUGCUCAAGGCUGAUUAUGUCAAGGAGAUGCUGACCACACAGGCGGAGAGGUUUUCCAAAGAUGAGAUUGACCAGAUGUUCGCCGCCUUCCCCCCUGAUGUGACUGGCAACUUGGACUAUAAGAACCUGGUGCACAUCAUCACCCACGGAGAAGAGAAGGACUAAGGGAGUGGCUUGCCUUUGGGUGGGCAGAUGGGGGCAUCCUUGCCCUCUUCUCAUUUUGCCCAGUAACACACCACCCCUGACCUUGGCCAGCUGGUCAUGUGGCUGCCUCAUUUAUCCACCUCCAUCUUCUUUUCAGCCUGGGUGCCUUAGAGCUACCAUGUGACCACACAGCUGGCAGAUGGAAAUUCACCCAGAGUCCAUGUUCAAAUAAAAAGGAGGUCGUGUA